CCAGGUACUCCAGCAUUCUUUAGACUGGUUAAACAUGUGGGAAAAUAAUUUGAUAUCUGGAAAAAUAAGCGCUGAUGAAUUCUUGAGUGCAAGUACAGCUGAAGGGUUGCGAGUUACCUUAAUAUCAUGUAAACAACUGGCUGAUUAUAUGAUUGAAAAAUAUGAUUUCCACUAUCUUCUUUCAGGAAAAAUAAAUCAAGAUUUUCUCGAAGUAUAUAAAUAUUUUAAAAACUUUUAAUGAUUAAAUAUUAUAGUUAAACAAUAUCUAAUGAAUAUAAAAUUAUUUAAGCGGUUUUUUGGUACAGUUCGUAUGGCUUCUGGUGCAAAUGACCACCCUUCAUCGGCAACUUUCUUACAAGUGUAUAAAUUAUUAUCAGCAUACUCUAUAUUAAAGCCUCCAAAAUAUGGAAACUGUACUGUAGAAGCAGACACUAUUAAUGAAAAUCUUAUUAAAAUAUCUGACAUAAAAAGCAUAUAUGCAAGUAAAGAUUUAUCAGAUUUUGAAAAACUAAAAACAAAACUUGAUAAUAUUAUAAACCAAGGUGAAUGGGAGUUCACUGAUGUAAUUGAACAUGAUUAUUCAUUAGCUCCAAUUGUUGACUGUUUAAAAUAUUAUAUAGUAGGGUAUUUAAGUCAUCAAAUAAUGAAAAGGACAACUUGCUCAAAAUGUAAAUCAUGUCUUACAUCUCCACAGAACUACAGCGCUGAAGCACAGCUAACAAAUAUUAAAAGCAAAGGAUGGCUUAAACACCCAAAUAUUUAUUUAUACAAUUUGAUGAGUGCAAUAGAAGAUGAAUUUCAAAAAUAUUGUGAAAAUUUAAAUGUAUUUGAUGAUAUAGUAGAAGGAUUAAUCACUAAAUUUGAAACAUUCACUUUUCCAUGUACAGAACAUAAAGAUUAUAUUAUUUCUUAUUCAAUAAAAUAUUAUAUCAGUAUGCGAAUGCGACAAUACACUAGACAAACUAAUCAGGAUAAAUCUAAAGAAAACCUAAAGAAAAAAAAAUUAUCCAAAUUUUGUAAAACAUAGGUAAUAAUUG